AUGGCUUCCACCCAAGGAGACCAUGCGGGAACGGGGCAACACGAGCCACGGUAUCCAGAGCCAGUGGCAUCAGCGGAGAGACGAUCCAGGGUCAGCAGUGAAUCUUCACGACACUCACGGACAUCGGGCUUUUCUUGGUUUCGGCUCAGCGCGGACGGUCGUCCCUGGGGCCCAGUUGACGAGCUCAACCUCUACAUGGGCACCGCCUUCAGCAGCAUUCCUGACGACAAUGAGUCGGCUCGAUCGCCUUACUUUGCCCCUUCGGCCAGUGAUUGUUCAACGAUCUCGGAGAAAGAUUCAUCAUACAUCGUCGACUGGAAGAAGCCGCAACAUUCCGAAAAUUCGAUGCAUUGGGCAAUGAGGGCAGUUGCCUCACCCGCUCACGCUCACGCCGUACCGAGCAUUCUUAGGCAGUUCAGCGCCUUAAGGGGAGUUCUGACUUCACGCAUUAUGUCUAUGUUUAGGGUACGGAAGAUAUCCAGCAUGUCCCAUCUCAAAUCGACUCCAUGA